CUCUGAUACUGUCAAUCUUCCUGUCAGAAACCUCGAAACAUCUCAGCGGUAUCUCUGGGCAAGAUGAAUGCUUUUACUCUUCUCGUGGCUCUUGCGGGCUCAUCAUUCGCCCGUCCGCAGUUCGCUGCGUCCCCAGUUGGGACUUCUGCUUUGAAUACUCACCCUUCUCCAUUCAGUGCAGUGCCUCAUUCCACCAGCUCUCAUACUUCUCUGUCAUUUCACACUACCUUCUCGACCAGCUCGACUUUACACGCCAGUCCUUCCGUCCAUGUCUCAGUCCACCCUAGCUCUCCUCACGUGAGUACAUCGACUACGGCUAUUCCCAGACCGACGACUGCUCCAGAAGCCCCUGCUGCUUGCCCCAAUCCCUUCAGGGAGACAUCAUCUCCAGCCCCGGGGGUUUCUCAUACUACGCGGGUGUCAUCGAGUUCAGCGCACCCGACAGUCACUGUUACUGUUCCAGCCGCAUGUCCGGCAGCUCCCGCUCCUGCAACGAUCACAGUGACUGAAUGUCCUGCAGCCAGUGUUCAUGCCAGUUCGCCAGUCAGUCACCCGUCUGUUGCUGCGACGAGCCCGCACAUUGCCUCGUCCGUCAGUCAUCCUGCCAGCGCUCCAAGCAUUAGUCACACUUCUAGUCAUCCUGCGAGUGCUCCAAGCAUUAGCCACACUUUCAGUCAUCCUACGAGCAUUCCGGGCAUUGGUCACACUUCCAGCAUUCAUACUACUGCGAGAAUAUCUACUUCGACGGUGCACGUUGUCCAGGCCACUUCAUCCAGCUUCCAUGUGUCGCCAACCACCCGGUCGCCCACCGUUUCUCCAAGGGUUACAGGCUCUCCAACACCCAUAUAGUCUAUACAUUCUCUACCAUGGUGGGAAUCGGGCACUGGGCGGCAAUACAUGUGUUGAGGGGUGGAAGGGUUUUCACGCACAUAAUACAGCACAUGUUUUCCUUUUCCGGUGUAUAUCAGCCUUCUCUGCCAUGUGAAUUGAGUAUGUGCAUCGUACAAAUGUCUUGGGGCUCUUGGAGCUUUGCGAUGGCGCUACCAUGUGCUCACCGGAUCUCAAUGUAUCUCGCCUAUAGUCCAAAAAAGUAUCCUGAUGUGAUGUAUAGCCUUGAACUUUUAGGGAG